CAUUUUGAUUGAUUUCUGUUUGAGAUUUGUCUUUGGUCAAGUUAGGACACCACACGUUAUGAUUGUAAAAAUGCAAUCAUCGUACAUGAGACUUCGUUUAUGUCAACGGUUUUUACCCGGCCUCAUCAGAGGUAGAUCCACAGAUAUUGGGAGAAACAUUGCCUGCCGAAGUUUGAGUCUUUCUUCUGAAAAUGCGCAAGCCAGCAGCUCCGGCGUCAAUACCAGUGGAGAGAGACCACAGAACGAGAGCACACAGAGACGAACCUUACAUGGAGUUGCUAAGCAACAGAUACUCGCUGAUGGCCCAGAGCUACCAACAUGUGAUUUCCAGCCCAACAAAUAUGAGGGUAUAUCUUAUGAGGAAGCCAAGCAGGUGCGGAGUGAGUCCAUCAACCCGGCCCUAUUCACAUACUACCGCAACCCUGUCAUGCUUCAUCAAGGCAAGAUGCAAUGGCUCUGGGACGUAGAAGGCAAAAGGUACCUGGAUCUGUUUGGAGGAAUCGUCACAGUCAGCGUUGGCCACUGCCAUCCGUAUGUGACGGAUGCACUGGUAAAACAAGCGCACAACCUGUGGCAUACCACUAACAUCUACAUGCAUCCUGCAAUACAUCAGUACGCUAAAGACCUAAGAGCAAAACUGCCUGAGCACCUUAAUGUGAUAUACUUCGUCAACAGCGGAACUGAUGCUAACGAUAUGGCUAUGCAGAUGGCUCGCAUGCACACUGGUUCUUAUGAUGUCAUCAGUUUCAGGAAUGCAUACCAUGGGGCAAGCCCAAAUCUUCUUGGUUUGACAGCCAUGAGUAGUUGGAUCUAUCCGACACCAUUCGGCUUCGGGAUUAGGAACACCAUGAACCCAGACGUUUACAGGGGACUCUGGGGAGGAAAGAACUGCCGCGAUUCCCCUGUACAGACCAACCGUGACUGUGACUGUACAGGAGAAUGCAUGGCAAAGGAUCUCUACCUAGAACAAUAUGCAGAUGUGCUCAGGUACUCCACGGCAAAGAAAAUUGCCGGCUUUUUCGCAGAGGGAAUUCAGGGUGUGGGAGGUACAGUUCAGUAUCCCCGAGGACUCCUGGCUGAGAUGUACAAACUGACCAGGGAGAAGGGCGGGGUCUGCAUCUCAGAUGAGGUUCAGACCGGGUUUGGUCGCCUUGGCAGCCACUUCUGGGGCUUUGAGAGCCAUGGGGUUAUGCCUGAUAUAGUGACCAUGGCAAAAGGAAUUGGAAAUGGAUUUCCUUUGGGUGCUGUUGUGACAACAACCGAAAUUGCUGCUACUAUGAAAGAAGCCCUUCACUUCAACACAUAUGGAGGAAACCCACUAUCAUGUGCUGUAGGCUCUGCUGUACUAGAGGUGAUUGAAAAUGAAGGACUCCAGGCUAACUCAGAAAACGUUGGAACCCACCUCCUCCUCGAGUUAGCAAAACUCCGGGAUGAGUUUGAGGUCGUUGGUGAUGUCAGAGGUAAAGGCCUCAUGAUCGGAAUGGAAAUGGUUGCAGAUAAGGAAACGAGAGCACCCCUCCCUGCAGAUGAAAUGUUAGACAUAUGGGAAGACACAAAGGAGAUGGGACUGCUUAUAGGCAAAGGAGGUUUCUAUGGACAGGUAUUCCGUAUCAAGCCACCCAUGUGUAUCACUAAGGAUGAUGCUGACUUUACCGUAGCAGUCAUACGUCAAGCUCUCCUCAGACACAGAGACCGCCAAGCAAAGAAAUGAGCGCUCCCUGCACCAUGGAUGGUAUACUGCUAACCAAGUUUGAGCGCCCCCCGCCCUGCACCAUGGGUGGUAUACUGCUAACCAAGUUUAAACCGAAACAGGGUUUAUUUCCCAGUGCACUCACACCAACACACUGCCCUCCACAGGACAGUUUGGUGGUGGGGAUUUUUGUUUGAUCUGGUGUAGGUCUGAUUGGUGUUUAGAUAUAAGCUUCCAUUACAUGUCAUGUUGAAAGGUACUAUAUAUUCAACUUAUUCUAAAUUAAAUUUGUAAAUCAUUAAUGUGUGUCUGUAAAAGUCUUUGAAAAAAGUGCUUUGUAACAUUUUUGUCAGAAAUAUUCUUGUUUCAUGUAUUGCAGGUAAAUCUGACUCUUGAUUUUUACAUGUCCAUUUAUAAAUAUGUAUGUGCUUGGGGGAAAAUGCUGAUAGUUUAUUUUCAAAUUUUAUUUCUCAGGAAAAUUGUUCACUUCGUUUAAUUUUGUAUCUAGCACUCAGAUAAGCGGAUAGAUGUAGGACCUUCUCGCGCGCAGCUACUUUUAUAUGUCGCACCUGCUAUUCAUGUACAUCUAUUAAAUAAAAAACCUGCUGUAAAUUACAGCUGUUUUUUGUGUCAAAUGUGAAUGAGCCCUUAGCUCGGUUGGACUUGAUUAAAGGUAAAGACCAGUUAUGGUCAUGCGAUUACAUUGUGAAAGAAACGUUGUGGGAUCGAUCAGAAAAGGUUGAUCAUCUAGCAUC